ACCCAAAAAGCAAAAACUGAAAAUUUGGUACAUGGACCUUUUAAAAAAAACUCCAGAAUUUAUUCUGAACUGGUUCAGGAUUAGCACACCAGCUUCAAAUAAGUUAUAAUUACAAAUGUUUACGGUAAUCUAGCCCUUUGACCUUUGUCGUUUACAUCAAUUCAGGGUGUGUCAAGAUAGCUCGACAAGAUUGAAACUUCACACGACAGCGACGGAUUGGUGUUUUUGCAACAACAAAAAACUAAAUCAUUGCAAAAUAUCAUAAUUCUAGAAAAAAUCUUAAAUCAUAAUCAAAUCUAAGUUAACAAGAUGAUUUUUAUUGAUUAAGGUUUUAAUUUGAUUUAAUCAUUUUAGUUAGAGAGCCUAUAUGGAGAGGCGAAAUGUCACUCUCAGGGUUCCAAUCGAACUGUCAAAUCGGGGUUCCAAUCGAGCAACAAGAUCAUGUAAGAACAAAGUCGGAAUCAAUUUAAAAUCAUUUUGGCAAAAAAAACGAGACUUAUUACAAUCAAAAGUAUUGUAAAAGUGUUGUUGAUAAUAAUCUGAUAGUUUUUGUUAUGUUUGUGCUUGUUCGGUACAAGAAAAGUGCCAGCACCAAAGAAAAACUACAAGUUUUUCAACCUUAAAUUUGAAUGACUUUGAGUGUUUAAAAUUUCUCCCAGAACAUUUCAUUUCCCUAUGUAGGUCCCUAAUUUUAAUUUGUUCAACGAACGGUGUAACCUUAAACAUAAAUCCGCUAACCUUCACCACUUAUCGCCCUGCCACAGCGCGAGACCGGCUUUUUCGGCUCUCAGCUGUUGCGUUUUGCCGUGUGUUUGUUUUGAUGACAUAACAUUCUGGUGCAAGACAGAGGAGGGCUUGGCAGACUGUUUUUGAGUGUCGUCCGGCGGUGUUUUAGUCUAAUUUAGGACAUUUCAAACAACAAUGAUGGAGAAAAUAUUGUUACGAUCAAAGUUCCGAGGAAGUUUGCUGGGUGCCCUGGUGGGCGAUUGCUGUGGAGCCCCUUUCGAGGGUCAGCUGAUGGACAGUGGAACUAAGAUUGUGCUGCGGAAUAAUUUGAACAAAUUGGAGGGUCCAUUCUUUAAAGCUCCUUUCAAGAAAUACACCGAUGACACGGCAAUGACCAAGUGCGUAGCCAACACCCUGUUGGAUCCGAAUGGAUAUUCGCAAAAGCUGCUCGCGAAAAAUUUCGUCUUGGAAUACUUCAAAGACCCUCGGCGUGGCUACGGCGCAGCCGUCGGAGAUGUGUUUGACAAACUUCGAAAGACAAAAAUAGCCAAUCCAGUUGGUCCCGCCGCGGAACAAUUUGGUGGCAAUGGAUCGUACGGAAAUGGUGCCGCCAUGAGGAUAGCUCCGAUUGCACUUUAUUGCGCGAAUCGGGAUAAGAGCGAGCUGAUUAAGCUGGUCCAGGAGUCUUCCCUAAUAACUCACAGCAAUACUCUGGCCAUUCAUGGAGCGGUUUUGCAAGCUCUAGCAAUUCGACAGUCACUGCUGUGUGAUCCGAAGGAAAAGUUUGAUGGUUUGAGCUUCUUGCAACAAUUAAAAACCGACAUUGUUGAGCUGGAAAAGAGCAACGAUCCCGAUUUGGAUGCCCACCACAAUGCGUAUGAAAUCCAGUUGAGUCGCCUCCAGAACUUGCUGGAGGGAAAAAUCGAACCCAGCGAUGAAAACGUACUCAACAUGCUGGGCCACAGCGUUGAGGCGUUGCACUCAGUCCCGACUGCGCUGUUUUGCUUCCUGAAAAAUACCUCUCAAGAAGCCGAGAAGCCAUUCCGUGCCACGCUGGAAUACGCCAUAUCGCUGGGUGGUGACACCGAUACGAUUGCCAGCAUGGCGUGUGCGAUAAGUGGCGCGUACUACGGGGAGGAAGUUAUUUCCGAAAGUCUUAUCAAGCACUGUGAAGAUGCGGAAAUUAUCGGCCAGCUGGCCGAUAAGCUCAGUGAGAUGUGAUUGCCGUUGGCAGAUUAGUGUCGUUUGUAAUCCUGUUUUGGUCUAAGUCUUUAAAGCCUUAAUAUCACUACAACUUCAAAUUCCAAAA